UGUUUGCUGUGCAUGUGUGUGGGAAAAGAGCUUGUCUCUCCUCAAUAAGACAUUUGAGCAAUAGUAAAGUGAUUGUUCCCUUUGCAGUUUUUGUCGUCAGAGCGAGUCAGAUGGAAAGGACCAGUGUGUCACUCUCCUCUGAUGUCUGAGCAUCUCUGGAUGUAUGAGGGGAUUCGAAACGACCACAUCUUAUUACUGAGAGGAAUGGAGGAGCCGGUGAACAUGGAUCGUGGUUUCUUCAGGAAAGUGGACGUUCCCGAUCAUGCACACUAUAUAGUGGCCUUCUUCGUGGCGAUCAUCGGGGCGGUGGGAGUGAUCGGGAACCUGCUGGUCAUGUACGCCUUCUUCUGUAACAAAAAGCUACGGACGCCUCCGAACUACUUCAUCAUGAAUCUCGCAGUGAGUGACUUUCUCAUGGCCAUCACUCAGUCGCCGAUCUUCUUCGUCAACUGCAUGUACAAGGAAUGGGUGUUCGGAGAAAUGGGCUGUAAGAUGUACGCCUUCUGCGGAGCUCUGUUCGGGAUCACAUCCAUGAUCAACCUUUUGGCCAUUUCCAUCGACCGCUACGUGGUGAUCACCAAACCCCUGCAGGCCAUCGGCUGGACGUCCGGCCGCCGGACGCUCAUCAUCAUCCUCCUGGUCUGGAUCUACUCGCUGGCCUGGAGUCUUGCUCCUCUUUUGGGAUGGAGUUCGUAUAUCCCAGAAGGCCUCAUGACGUCCUGCACAUGGGACUACGUGACGUCCACUCCAGCAAACAAGAGCUACACGUUGAUGCUCUGCUGCUUCGUGUUCUUCAUCCCUCUCGGCAUCAUCUCUUACUGCUACUUCUUCAUGUUCCUCGCCAUUCGUAACGCAAGCAGAGAUUUGGAGAAGAUGGGUAGCCAUGUGAGGAAGACCACCCUCAUCCAACAGCAGUCCAUCAAGACCGAGUGGAAGCUGGCGAAGAUCGCCUUCGUGGUCAUCAUUGUGUUUGUGCUGUCCUGGUCUCCGUACGCCUGCGUCACGCUCAUCGCCUGGGCCGGCUACAGCCACGUUCUUUCUCCGUAUUCAAAGGCAGUUCCUGCAGUGAUUGCCAAAGCAUCAGCCAUUUACAAUCCUUUCAUCUAUGCCAUCAUACGCUCCAAAUACAGAGACACGCUGGCUGAGAAGGUGCCGUGUCUGCAUUUUCUAGCCCAGUCGUCACGUAAAGAUUGCAUUUCUGUGUCGAACAGCGAAUCGUCCUUCAGAGAGCCUAUGCUCAGCCGACAGUCAUCAGGGUCAAAGGCCAAGUUCCAGCGAAUCUCCUCCAUGUCCACUUCAGACACGGUCUGGAGUGAUGUAGAAUUAGAUCCUGUGGAGCAAAAGAGUCAGAUCCUCAGAAACUCACAAUCAGCAAAUCAGCUGAGAGAUGAAGGAAGGAAACCGCCAACGAAACAUGGCAAGACGAAGAACAAGAGUCGAGGAGAGAAAGAGCACAGAGAGGAGAAGCCUGCAGUCGCAGAGAGCGGCUCUGUGAUGGAUUACAGCCUUGACCUGGCGUCCGAAUCCAUCAACAUGGCCACCGUCCCGCUUCUCAUGGCCAAACACACUCCAGGAGGGGAACCAGAGAAAGAAGAGGAGAGCAACACUGUGAGCCCCCAGACAAACGGUCUGGCUUUUUACGAAGACACCGAGGAGCCACAAAUCAUCAUGGGCCCCGAAUCAGAGGAGCAAACGUCGCCGAGCAGAGAAGACAAAUUAAUACUGGACCUCAAAAGCCUGAACUGCUCCAGCGAGCUCCUGGAGUCUGUGGAGAAGUUCCUCUCCUGAGGCCUGACGUGACGUCUGUGUUUCGCCGAAGACGGGGCAGGACACUGGAGAACCACAGUCUUCCGCUGGACGUUUUGUUGGGCCCAGUUAGUUUGCGUGCAGAUCAGCAGCUGCUUCAACUUCACACACUUCAGCCACGGCACAGACUGUAGAAAACAUGAGAGUGACACUGUGUGUUUGCAAUUUUCAUUACCAAACCUAUUUGCACUUUAACAAGAGCGGUAUCACAAUAAGACCGGGAUUCAUUUCAGGUUCAAUACAAGUUCUGUCGAUCAAUGCAAGUAAACCUGCCUGUGCACGAGAAAUAUGAAAACACUGAAUCAUUCGGUACAAACCCUAUUUAUUAUCUAAGCUGCGCUCGUCAUGCUUCACCAAAGUAUUUCCUGUAAAGUCUCUUUCUGAUAUCUUUGCAAAUGUUCCCACGUUUUUGACAUUUUGUGGUCAUGACACUGAACUUGGAUAAUUAAUUUACACCGACAAUGUUCAUAAUGUAAGUGAUUCCGUCAUGCAAAUGUGUAAAAUGUCAAGUCGAGACAUUUAUUAAUAUGGCGUUUUAUGCAACUGUUUUUUCAAAGCAGCUUCACAGAAAUAGGCAGGAAAAUAAUGAUGUUUCAAAAUUAAAUGAUGUGAAAUGACUUAUCGGUUGUAAAGCAACUGCAGAAGACAACAAUAGCGUCAUUAUUCAGUUCAAUGCAGAUUCAAUAAUGGUGUCAUCAGUUUCGAAACAAAUUCUCAAAGUUAAUUCAGUUUUCUUGUGGAUAUGCUUUUGAAAUAGUCCGUAUUUUAAUGUUCAAUGUCUGGCCCCGUGUAUUGCUCUUGUAAGUGCUUUACUGUAACCACAAAUUUAAUCUUUAAAUCAAGAUUAUUUUCAUUGUUUAAAGGAGUAGUUCACUUUUAA